AUGGUUUAUGGCAUGUUAUUGGAAAGUGUUGUACAUUUUGUGCAAAAAGACUAUGGAAUGGAUGUUUGGAACGAAGCCAUGGAAGCAAUCGAUUGUGACAUAACAGUCUUCAACACUCAUCAAAUCUACCCUGACACCCUAAUACCAGAUCUGGCUCAUGCUAUUGCCGAAAUUAGCGGCAAACCCUUUGACGAUAUCAUGCAGUAUUUCGGACAUUGUUUCGUCAAGUUCUUCAGUAAUUUUGGUUACGAUGAGUUAAUUAAGGCCACGGGUCGAUAUUUUUGCGAGUUUUUGUCGAGCAUGGAUAAUUUACAUGUUCAAAUGAGGUUUACUUACCGCAAGAUGAAAAGUCCCUCGAUGCAACUUGGAGAUGUCGAUAACGAAGGCGCCAUUUUGAUUUAUCGCAGCGGAAGAACGGGAUUUCGACCCUAUUUGACGGGGCAGCUGAUUGAAAUUGGCAAAGUUUUCUACGGGAUUGAUUUGAAGGUGAGAGUUGUUGAGAGUCAAAAUGAUGUCAGCGGAGGAGUUACGGGACCUGCGAAUCUUGGAGGAGGAUUGAAUGAAGUUGUUGUGAAAUAUCGGUUGGAUUUUGACAAUCGGGAGUAUAUGGCGCGCAAAAUCAACGCUGAAGUUCAUCCAUCCCAAACAAGUUUAAAAAGCAUCACGAUGGAUUUACUCUUCGAACUUUUCCCCUUUGCUCUCUUAAUUGAUCGCGAAAUGAAAGUUUGUGGCGCCGGCGAAAAGAUCGUAGAUGCUUGGAGUGAGUCCAACAAUCGCAAAGCUCCCAAUCUCAUGAUGGGCAUGAAAGUUGUCGAUUGUUUCCAUAUCCAUCGCCCAAGCGGAAUCGUUUUUGAUUGGGAAACUGUGAUGACCUCAACGACAGUCAUGUUCGAAUUCGCUCUCAAACGUGCCGAGAAAAAGGCAGCUUUGAAGAAAAAGAACACAAAAUCCGAUCUUGAAUCUUCAACAGAGGGCGCUGCUCCAACUGUGCCCGCAUCUGAUCGUCGUCUCAUGCUAAAAGGGCAAAUGAUGUACAUCAAAGACGUUGAUGCUUUGAUCUAUCUUUGCAGUCCCCUGAUUUCUGACUUGAGUGAACUGGCUGACAUGGGAUUGUACUUGAAUGAUUUGCACGAUCAUGGAUUAAUUAAAGACAUGGUCUUUCAUGGAUUCAAUCACAGUAGUAAGCUUGAUAUGAUGUGCGAUGAUGAAGAAGCGAGAGGAGCUGAGUUGGAAACAUCUUUGUUACUUGCUGAUUCGUGGAAGAAGCAAGGAGAUGAACUUUUGUAUUCAAUGAUCCCAAGAUCAGUUGCUGAACGAUUGCAAACUGGAGAUGAUCCGUUGGAUUGUGUUACGACGUAUGAUAUGGCAACAGUUAUUUUUGCAGAGACUCAUAUUCAAUUGGAUGGCGAAGAUACAAUUGGAGAUGCCAUGAAGAUUGUUGAAGUACUGAACUUGGUCUUUUCAACCUUUGAUGAGUUAGUUGUAACUCCGAUAGCGUACAAAGUUGAAACUGUUGGAAUGGUUUACAUGGCGGUAUCUGGAUGUCCUGAUUUAAAUCCUUUACACACUCAACACGCUGCUGACUUAGCUCUCGACAUGCGAGCUGCAAUCGUUCGUUUGAACAUUGAAAAGACAAAUGUUGAAUUUUCCGUCAAAAUUGGACUUCAUUCAGGUCGCAUCGUUGGCGGCGUUGUCGGCAUGAAAGUUCCUCGAUAUUGUCUCUUUGGCGAUACCGUCAACACCUCGUCUCGCAUGGAAAGUACCGCUGAACCGAACAAAAUCCAAACGACGGGCGUCACGAAAGAUCGUCUCGAGAAAUAUGGCUACAAACUCUCGUACCGCGGAAAAGUUCCCGUCAAGGGCAAAGGCGACAUGGACACUUAUUGGCUGGAUUCGGGUCCGGAAGCGCGCGAUUACAAGGAAAAGGCGGCAAAACGGUACAACGAGGAGCACCAGAAGAACUCCAAGUCGGCGAGCAGAAUGAAUAGCAGACCAACAAGCACCGGUAAUGGAAAGGAACUAUUUAAGAGGAAGUAA